AUGCAUGAAUACGUUAUUGACGGACUAUUAGCCGUCACCGCUCUUCACAUGGCAUCCUUGAAGGCUGAAGAGUCGUCGUACUGGUUUAAAGUUUCUCUCACCUACCAAUCCCGUGCAACGGUCGGCCUAAGGCAAACCCUAGAUAGCACUUCCAGGGACUUCCAAGCAGCUUUCGCUGCCUCGGCUCUGAUCGUCGUCAUGGUUAAAGCUUCUCCCAUUUUCCGCAAGGAUGAAAACCCCACUAGUCUGCUACAGGAAGUCAUGACAAUUCGAUCUAUUCUUAAGGGCUGUGAGGUGAUUUUCUCUCAUAUAGCCCAUACCAAAGAGGGCGAUAGCAUUUCAUUGAUACGUCGAGAUGGUAUGCACGAAAAGGUGACAAUUUCAGAAGGGUAA